UAGCCGCGGCAACGUGGAAUCUCCAGGCCCUUUUCUCUCUCUCUUUUCUCUCUCUUCCCGCGAAAAAGAUCGUUUUUUUAUUUCUUCAAUUAGCUGACGCCACCAUCCCCGAGCUCGCCCAAGCUUCUGCUUUCGCCUGCAAAUUCGGUCUCGGGAAGGCGAAGAAGAAGAACCAUCGAUUCUCUCUCUCUCUCUCUCUCUCUCUCUCUAGCGGAUGAAAAUGUCCGGCGACGAAAUGGGGCUGGUCCCGCCUCCGGUCGGCCUCAACUCGCAGCUCCUCUUCCAGGACGACCCCGCCCUCCGCUUCUCCGGCCCCGCCCCGCCGAGCCGGGUCGUCGGCGGCGACCCGGUCCCCAAGCCCCGCGAAAUCCCCCUCCUUCCUCGAAUCCCGCUACUUCCCCACCCCCCGCCGCCGCCGCAGCCGCCGCCGCAGCCGCAGACCCAUCCCCAGCCCGCCGAGUUCCGGCACGGACAGUAUGCCAACGACCCCCGCCCCGACGCGGGCGGCGCGCCGCGGAAUUGGUCCGACAACAACGACUCGAGCGCCGAUGGCUCGGAGGGCAACGACGAGGAGGACGAGGAUGACGAUGAGGCGGAGGAGGAGGAGGAGGAGGAGGAGGAGGGAUUUGUAGGGUUUGGUGGGGAAUCGAAUAGGGCUCGGGAUGGUGCGAAUUCUAACAAGGACGGCGGUGGUAGUAACAACAAAGGCAAUAGCGGUGGUGGGGUGAUCAAAUUAAGCAAUGGGAAGACGAAGUUUGGGCCUUUAUUCGGGUGUGGUAGAGAAGUAGUCGUAGUGAACGAUGGCAACUGUGGACAAAUCGGGAGCGACGCGAGAGGGAGCUGCGGCGAGAUUCAUCAGCAGCGAUUGCGAAUUGGGAAUUUCGAGAAUGCGGUCACUAUUGCGGAGCCGGACGGUGACUUGUAUUACUCAAAUUAUCUGCGAGGAGAAGGAUCUGGUAGAGGACAGAAGGAUGUGGUAGCUGUGGACAGUGGUUGCGGGUUUAGCGGAAGAAAGGAUGGUGUGUUAACCAAUGAUUCAGGAGAUUCAUUGAGAGACAUCUUCUCGGACCCUUUGACGGGAGCUCUUAUGGAAGAUGCAAUGAUAUUGCCAUGUGGACAUUCCUUUGGAGGUGGUGGAAUACAACAUGUAAUUAAGAUGAAAGCAUGUCCCUCUUGUCAGCUGUCGAUUUCAGAAGACUCAAUAUUACCUAAUUUCUCUCUUCGAGCUGCCGUACAAGCAUUCCUCCGGGAAGAGGACUUGCUCUUCCACCGAUCAACCAAAAGGAGAAGAGAGAGAUUGGACCAGGAGAAAGGUAACUGCAGUGACUCAAAUCUCAUGGAUACAAUGAGAGGAAGAGGUGUGCAGUUUCCAUUUGCCGUGACUGAUCGCGUCAUUAUUAAGGGUAACAAGAGGACACCAGAGCGCUUUGUUGGACGUGAGGCAGUCGUAACAACACAAUGCUUAAAUGGAUGGUAUGUAGUGAAAACAUUGGAUAAUGCGGAGAGCGUUAAAUUGCAGUACCGAUCACUUGCCAAAGUCCGAGAUGACUCUUCCUCAAAAGCAAUGUCAUGCAAGCUGACCUCAAAUUGGCUCUAGUUCAUUGAUGCACUGAUGUGAAGAAUCGGCAAUUUUGGCAAAGUCCUAUGCCUGCUGUACGUGACACAUGAAGAAAAAUUUAUAGUAUUCCUCUGUUUGAGAGGCUUUGUACUCUGUACAUGGCACGAGGCAGUGUAUUUAUUGCUAGGGAAUGUAUCAAAUUGGGUCAUGUACGUUGUUGCAGCCCGUGUAUGCGACAGAGUUAAAUGACUUUGCACAUACAAAUUUCAUGUUGUUGAUUUUGCCCCGUGUAACUACCAUAUUUUUGUCUGGUAUCUUUUCUUCU